CACCUUUUUCAAAUUUCCGGUGAAGUUUCCGACAUUGGGCCCCACUUUUUUUUUAUUUCCUUCCUUUUUUUUCUUCUAUUCUCUCGAUUUCCCUCUCUCUCACCUCGAUUUUUUCUCCCUCCAUUCUUCCUACCUUCUUCAACCUUCUUCCUACCUUCCAUUUCAAGCUCACUUCCAAAUUCUUCCUCUUCUUCUUCAUCUACAAUUCCCCACCGGUAGCACCACCCACCAAUUUCCUAGACAACCACCAUAAUCUACCUCACCGCCCUUAACAUACACCACUAGCCACUACAAUCUACCCCACCACCCUCAACACACCCCACCGACCACCGCCUUCAACUUCACUGCCCUCCACACAUAUCUCACCGCCUUCAACUUCAAAUUGCAGAUAUCAAAUUAGCCGACCCUACUGAUUUUCUUGUUGUUGCUAUUAUUGUUGUAUUUAGGGUUGAAAUUAGGGUAAAUUACUACAGAAUUGUCCUACAAAUUAAUCAGAAAAUAAAACUUUGCAAUUAAAUUUGGGGGAAAUUAGGUUGAUAUCAAUUGAAUUGGGGCUUUGUAUGCUGAAAUUGACGGGCUGAUGCUUAUCUUAAUUGAAGUGGGCUGGUUGUGAUUUGUGAUUGGUGCUGCCGUGAGGAGCUUCUGUUGGUGGCGAAUGGUGGCGAGUGCGGCUAUAUUAUUGUUGGGUUGCCGCCAAUUGCGGUCGUUGUUGUGGUGUUUGUGAUUGUGGAGCGGAUGAUAUGUGAGUCAAAUCGGAGCAGCGCAACUGAUUGCGCUUCUUGCGGUGGCUAGUGUGGCUAUGCGAGGUGGAGGAGAUGGGUGGGUUGGUGUUGUUUGCGUGAGGAUGGAUGUUGCGAGGUGAAGCUGGGGGCUGUUUUGAGAAAUGGCGAGUAAUCUGGUUUCUAUUGCUGUUCUUGAGCCACUGUUGGGCUCCACUACCAAUACUUACCAUCCUACUUUUAAUUUGCUUUUAGUUGUUCUUUUCUUUACUGUUUUCGGGAGUAGCAGGCUCCAUGAUUUGCAUUUUUCAAGCUCUAAGCAAACAUGAAAGCCCAUUUGGUCACAAACAUUACUUGAGCAAGGAGUUUGAUAAAAAAAAAAUUCAGAAGAAAAAUGGAGAAAAAUGGAGGAGAGAGAAAGUGGGGGAAGGGGGAGAAGAAGAAUUUGUCAGAAGGUUAGAGAAAAAUGAAGGAUUGAAGGUUGAAGAAGGUAGGAAGAUCGAGAGAGAAAAAAUUGAGGGAAAAAAUGAAAAUAUGGGGAAAAAUUUUAAAUUAUCACUUGUUAGGUGGGGCCCACAAACGGAAAACCACCGAAAUUUUGAAAUGGGCGGUAAUCUGAGUGAUUAUUUAAUUUAAGGGGUGGUAAUUUAAAAUAAAAAAUUAAAAGGAUGGUUAGUUCAAAAACAGAUACAUUUUUGGGUGGUAAUUUACAAAUUAUUCAAUAAUUAAUCAUAUUUUGUAAUCAGCUACCAAAACGACUCAACAGACCAAAGCAAACAAAAACUGCGUGUUCGUGUCACAUAACCUAGACGUACCACAUACGUUACGCCCUACAAAAAGUACCAAAAUCCCUUGUCAAAAAUCAAACAAGAUAUCCCCUACAUAUUCAGUCCCUUUUCCCCCCUCUUCUCACAAAAUCCUCUCCUACUUUUCUUUAUCAGUCAGUCCACCACUUUCCUUCCUUCCUCUGCCGCAACCUUCCCCCUACUCUCUCUCUCCUCAACAAUGUCCGACGGAGCCUUACAAGUUCUCGACGGCACUCACCUCCUCGCCGCCGAUACUUCACUGCCGGAAGAACUUUCCGGCGACAUCGCCGCCGAUCGUGUUCUUCAAAUCGCCGAGUCUAGAGCUUCCGGCUGUCUCUACUCUCUCUCGUUGCCGGAGUUUCUCAAAUCAUCUGCUCUUAAACGACUUAAUUAUGAUGUUCGAGGUCAAGUGAUUGAUAGUGCAAAAGCUGAGCGUCUUCUUCGUGAUUACAUCUCUGCGAUCGCCGAUGAAUUGCGAGAUGAACCAAUUGUAGUAUCAGUUCUGGAUGGAAACACCAUUUGUCUCUUUUUGGAGGACGAAGAUGAUUUUGCUAUGUUGGCUGAGAAUCUGUUCACCGACUUGGAUGCAGAAGAUGAGGGGAAGCUAAGCAAGAGUGAAAUACAGAAUGCCAUAGUUAAUAUGGGAGUUGAGAUGGGUGUUCCUCCACUUUCAGAUUUUCCAAUGGCAAAUGACAUAUUGAAGAAACAUGGAGCUGAAGGAGAGGAAAAAUUAGGCCAAGCACAAUUUGCACAACUACUUCAGCCUAUUUUGCAGGAAUUGGCAGAUGCUUUGGCUCUAGAACCUGUCACUGUCAUACAAAAUAUCAAGAUAACGAAUGGUUCUAAGCUAAGAAAGCUCUUGGCCGACAAGAACCAAUUAGAUAAUGUAACAGAGAAGAUGUACCAGCAAACUAAUGAUUGUCAGAAAGAGCAAGGUUGUGCAGAAGUAAUUAGGAGCUACCUCGAGAAGAACGGGAAUGAGUUAGGAUUACCUCCCUUAGAAGCCAAUGAAACAGUUAUUCUUCUGUAUGAUGCAAUAUUUUCUGACAUAGAUAACAAAAUGAGAGCCAAGGAUAUGAAGAAAAACGAACUGGGGGAUCUUGUGAGGCAGAUUCUCGAGAACUUUGCAGCAGAGUUACAAGCCAAUCCUGUUUUCCAUGAUGUUGUCAAUUGAGUUGGAAAGCUAGGGAGCUUUAUGGUUUUAUGAUGUGUGCAUGUAUACUGGAUGUUUUAAAUCCCAUAUUACUAUGAUGAAUAAGAUUGGGUCUCAUGUAUAGAGUAAUAUACUAGUUUCCACCCUUAAUCUGGAAGAUUGUGUCAAGAAUUUCUGCAAGACUGCAGCGAAUUGAGUGAUUGGCCAAUCGGUCUCCCUAACAACUGCGAUUGUGUAUAUGGACAAUUGGACAAUACGGUUGCCUCUUAUCAGAGUAAAAGUUCUGCUUUGUUUUCAUUCGUA